GCCUGAAUCUUGAUCCAUCUCCUCUCUCUCUCUCUUGCAUCAUUCCAGUUCUUUUUUCUUUCCCAUACCGUUGAAAGGCCACUCUUUUAUUGUUCAACUUCAAGCCCGCAACCCUCUCUCUCCAAACCCAUUUCCAUUUUCUCCCUCCUCCUUCGUCCCACUUUCAACGCCUCUCUCUCUCUCUCUCUCUCUCUCGCAGGGUCAAAUUCUGGGAAGCUUGAAGGAAGAGAGGGAGAAGAAAAGAUCAGGAGGAGGAGGACCAGAUGAAGAUCCUGUGCGACGUGUGCAAUAAGGACGAGGCAUCUGUGUUCUGCACCGCUGACGAGGCGGCGCUCUGCGGGGGCUGCGACCACCGUGUCCACCACGCCAACAAGCUCGCCUCCAAGCACCAACGGUUUUCCCUUCUCUGUCCUUCCCCUAAGGAAUUCCCUCUCUGUGACGUCUGCCAGGAGAGGCGAGCGUUCUUGUUCUGUCAACAGGACCGAGCCAUUCUCUGCAGGGAGUGCGAUCUCCCGAUACACACGGCCAACGAGCAUACCCAGAAGCACAGCAGGUUCUUGCUCACGGGGGUGAAGCUCUCCACCACGUCGGAAGUCUACACGUCUGCCGCCAGCAGUGCCUCUCUGUCCAACGGAUGCGAUUUCGUCCCCGACUUCAAGUCCGAGGCAUCGUCCUCGUUCAAGAAGCCGGUCUCUGUUUCCGCGGCGAUCUCGGGCCCUCGAAAGGCGGCGGCGAGCGCGGCGUCGGCGGCGGCUGCUUCCGCGGCGGCGGCGAACAACAAGGAUGGGAACAAUAACGGCAUGUUGGCCAGCCAGGAAAGUGGCUCCAACGGGUCAACGAGUAGCAUAUCGGAGUACUUGAUAGAGAUGCUGCCAGGCUGGCACUUCGAGGACUUUCUUGAUUCCUGCUCUGCUUCCUUUGGUUUCUGUAAGAAAGAUGAUGGUUUAUUGCCAUUCACGGACAAUGAUAACGUGAGUUCCUUCUCAUCUGAAAGUUUGGGAAUUUGGGUCCCUCAAGCUCCAACCCCUGUGCCGUGUAAUCAGUCGCCUUACCUAAAUGGUGGGAUCAUCGGAGGAUUCAAGCAGACAAAAGAGCCCGCGACCACGAGGCCCGGCAAGAGGUGGAACGAUGAUGUCUUCGCAGUUCCAGAAAUCAGUCCUUCAUCAGCGGGAUUCAAGAGAUCUAGACCCUUAUGACUGUGAAUUUAGGAAGUUGGUGCUAUCCAUCUUGUGAAGAAGGAGGAGAAGAAGAAAGCCUCAAGCUAAUAUUUUUCCAACAUGGCUUUGAGUUUCCCUCUACUUUUCUAACCUGUACCUCCAUGUUUGAUCUGUUUUGAAGUUUGAUCUUCCCCUUGGUUUCUCCUUGCGAAUGACCCUUCCCGGGUCCGGUCAGGUCUCAUAAUUUUGUCCCAAUGUUUGGCUGGCUCUGUACUGGAGAAAAUGCUUGUAAAUAGUUACCGAACUUCUAACUCUUGCUUUUCUGCCAACUAGUAGGAAAUCUCUCUCGUUCGGUAUAGCCCGAAAGUUUUUUCUGUUACUCUUUCCUCCUCCUACCUCCUCCUCCUUUUAGGGGGGCCAAAUGUCCAUUGUCUGAUUCAAGUACAUUCAAGAGAAUUCAGGACUAGGAAAGGUGAUGUGCAAUCAUGACUACAAAAAGAAGUAAUGAGGGACAUGCCCAUUUCCUGUUUUUUGGUAGGGUCUUGUUUGUAUUAUUAGGGGAUGUCACUGUUUGUAGUGGAAGAAGAUGGGAUGGGAUUACAUUGGAAGUGGUGAUCAUGGUGGUGGUGGAUGGAUGGUUAUGAUGGGGGAUCAGACAGAAAAGACCGGAAGGAUGGAGGAGGCUGAAAAGUGGAGGUGUGAGGAGAGGCUUUUGUCUGCAUUUAGAAGAAGAAACUCUUUCCGUAGCAGUCGUAAUUAUCUUGGCCCUGCCAUUUAAAGCACGUUCCUUUA